AUGAUCCGGUUCAUCUUAUUACAGAACCGUCAGGGCAAAACCAGACUGGCGAAGUACUACGUCCCGCUCGACGACGACGAGAAACGCCGAGUCGAGAGCGACGUCCAUCGAUUGGUCGUCAACAGAGACCCCAAGCACACCAACAUCUGCGAGUUCCGUGGGAACUCGAAGAUUGUCUAUCGGAGAUACGCCGGACUAUUCUUCUCGUUGUGCGUCGACCUGAACGAUAACGAGCUGACGCACCUGGAGUCGAUUCACCUAUUCGUGGAGAUGCUCGAUCACUUCUUCGCAAACGUGUGCGAGUUGGACUUGGUGUUUAACUUUCAGAAAGUGUAUCUGUUGGUGGAUGAGUUCAUUCUGGGGGGAGAAGUGCAAGAUACGAGUAAGCGGGCGAUCAUGGAGCGCUUGGCGGAGCUCGAGCGGUUGAAGGAUUGA